AUAUGGUAUUGAUAUUAAAAAAAGUAAAAUCAUUACAGUGUAAAUAAUAUACUGUUUUUUUUUUUUAUGUUUCCGUGUAAUCGAUUUAAUUUCUCAGAAUUUUUAAAAAUGUUUUUCUGUUUUUAUUUUUUAUGAUAGUGUUUAGCUUAUUUGUUUUUAUAUCCCUGCACUUCAGCCUAUUACAUUUUUAAGUUGUCAGAAGACGUUUUAAAUGUGCUAACUAAAGGAUAUUGUUGGUGCAAUUAAAUGAAUUGAACCAUGAGUAUGAAAAUAAUGCAGAAUUAUCAAUACCUUAUGCAAGUUCCUAAUGGAGGCGAUCAAAAUUUUAAGAAUUUCGCUUUCAAUAGUUUGCAUUAUGAGAACUGUAUUUGUAAAAGAUUGGAAGCAACAGAUUUUUAUAGCAAACGAAAUGAAAAUCCAGAAGUGUAUCCCAAAAGAACGGAGGGAUCGGACAUAUAUCCGAAGAGAUCUGAUUCCUCUGAGAUUUACAACAAAAGACUUGACAAUAAUGAAGCGUAUAGUAAACGUCUUGAUGGAUCUAAUAUAUUUAAUAAAGAAGCCCAAACUCCUAUCAAUAAUGUUGCAAUAAAAAAACGUUUUAUAACCAAUUCGUCGAGUAAUUCAACUCCGAAAAUGAAUUUGUGCGAUAUCUGCAAAAAGAGUUUUUCUACAAAAGGUAAUCUUCAAAACCAUCAUGUUGUUCAUAGUGGUCAAAAACCUCAUGAAUGUUCUGUUUGCAAAAAAACUUUUUCACAGAGAAGCACAUUAGGUAAACAUUAUCUUAUACAUACUGGAGAAAAACCUCAUGUAUGUAGUGUGUGUCAAAGAGGUUUCAGACAAGCAAAUAAUCUUAGGAUACAUUUUCUCACACAUUCUGGUGAAAAGCCUCAUUUAUGCAGCAUUUGUGAAAGAGGUUUUACUCAGAAAAUUGCUUUGCAAAAGCACAUGUUGACGCAUACUGGAGUUAAACCUCAUGAGUGUAAUGUGUGUAAACGUCGGUUUACAACUAAGGGUAAUCUGCAAAAACAUUUUCUUACGCAUACUGGUGAAAAACCACAUGUUUGUAGCAUCUGCAGUCGUGGAUUUUCGCAAAAGAUAGCUUUAAAGAAGCAUCAUUUGACACAUACAGGGGAGAAACCACAUGUUUGUAGUGUGUGCAGUAAAGGUUUCACAACAAAGGGUAAUUUGAAAUCUCACUUCAAGCGUCACACACGUGAGAAAUCAGGAAUGUCUUCUUCCAUUGCUCAUUCCAUUGUUGUACCUGCUUCAAUAGCUCAGUCUUUGCUUGUGCCAACCUCUAUUGCACAGUCAAUAUUAUCUCCACCACUGUCACAAGCUCAUCAAGUAUCAACAUCUCAUACUCAAUCUCGGGGAGUUAAUACUUCUAUGACUCUACCACAUAAUCUUAAAAAUUCUAUGACUCAGUCUCAAGGGCAUACUGCAUCUAUGGUCCAAUCACAUGGCUCUAUAACUUCCAUGACGCCUUCUCACAGGAUUAUGUCAUCUAUGGCACAUUCUCAUGGAUCAACUACAACUAUGCCUCAACCGAAUGGUGUAGCUACUUCUAUGAGCCAGUCAAUGAAUGUCCCAUCUUCGAUGACACCAGUAACCUUGGCUCCUACUCAUGCAGGCUUAACAUCAAUGGCACAGUCUCAUCCUAUGGGUACAAGUCUUACCCAGUCACGUGUACCAUCAUCUGUUGAUCAGUCUCUAGUUCAAGCAUCUCUUGUGCAAUCUCAUGUUCCUUCAUCUGUUGGUCAGUCUCUGUCUCCAACUUCUUUGCCCCAAGUAUUGGUGCCAUCUUCUCUAGCCCAGGCUCUGAAUGUUUCAACUUCACAUGCCCAAGCCAUUGCAUCAUCUUGCAUUGAAUCUACAUCUCAUGGUCAAAGUGUUCAAACUUCUUCAUCUCAUGCGCCGACCUCUCAUGCUCAUACAAUCGCAAGGUCUGAAGAUGGAUGUAAAGGGCAGCACAUAACAGUUUUAUAAUGUAGAUUGGCACAAUCUUAAUGGUAUCACUACUAUAUGCCAGGUAGAUGUCUUACUUUAGAGAAGCAGCUUAUGCUACAAUUUAGCAAUUGUUAAUAUCAUGUAUUAAUAGACCUAGGCAGCUAUUUUAUAAUAUAGGCGGCCCACUAGUGCCAAGAUACUGUUUGAGGAUAUAAAGUUUUCAAAAUUAUGUAUGGAUUUUUUAUAUUUUUGUUAUAUAUUUAUGGGUUUAAAUUGCUUUUUUUUACCUUUAAUAUGGAAUGAGUUUUUAAAUUUUGUUUUAAUGAAACCAUUCAUUGUAAUCAAUAGAUUAUCAUUUUUUUAAUAUCCAUUCCUUUUUUAAAAAAU